AUGACGGUCAUCCCCCCUCCCACGUUGACACCGGUGCGCGAUCCUCAUGGCUGCUUUGCUUGGAUGGGGAAGAGAUCACCUGCUUUUGUAGCGUACAUUAGCUUCGGCACCGUCAUGGAACCGCCUCCUGUAGAGCUUGUGGCGAUAGCACAAGGGUUGGAAUCGAGCAAAGUGCCGUUUGUUUGGUCGCUUAAGGAGAAGAACAUGGUUCAUCUACCAAAAGGGUUUCUGGACCGGACAAGAGAGCAAGGGAUAGUGGUUCCAUGGGCUCCCCAAGUGGAACUGCUGAAACACGAGGCAACGGGUGUGAAUGUGACACAUUGUGGAUGGAACUCGGUAUUGGAGAGUUUGUCGGCAGACCGAUUUUGGCGGAUAAAUAGACUCAACGGAAGAGCAGUGGAGGUUGUGUGGAAGGUUGGAAUGAUGGUGAAUAAUGGAUUCUUCACGAAAGAAGGAUUUGAGAAGUGUUUGCAUCAAGUUUUUGUUCAUGAUGAUGGCAAGACGAUGAAGGCAAAUGCCAAGAAGCUUAAAGAACAACUCCAAGAAGAUGUCUCUACGAAAGGAUUUGAGAGUUUCAAAGUAUUGUUGGACGAAAUUGUGAAAGUUUAG